AUGACGAGCUUUCGUUCCUCAAGACCUCCCAGCACGAAGGAAGAAUCCCCCCAGUGGUAUCGUCGUGGCUUGCUAAGUGGUCGCCGCAGCAGCAAGCUUCGCUCCCCUGCUGAGUCUUGCGUUUCGGGAAGUUCGGGCAACGCUUUUGUUGGCCUCCCACCCUCACGCCAGCGACAAUUCGUCUCUACACGAUCAGUUGCCCCAUCAAUAGUAUCAACUAUUCGACCACCUUCUGUCACCUCAGCAGAUUCUCAAUCCCAACAUCGACCAAGCACUAUGGCGGGUAUGCUAGACAUGGAUCGCGGGCGGAGCCGUCGCGAUAGAACAUUUGUCGGGAGUCAUUGUGCAGCUUGUGAGGAGCCUUUAGAGCACACACUACGUGGGGAGCGUAUCCUUCAAUUCUCAUGUAGCCAUGUUGCCCAUGAGGCCUGUUUUUAUGAGUAUAUUAAAGAGGUCGAUUCUCAAUAUUGCCCUGAGUGUCAUGCUCCAUUAGGACUGGAUACUAGUCGGGGUGGAAAUGUUCUUGAUAUAGAAAAACUUAGCAGUAUCGUUAGAUCAGUAUCGGUUGCAGACAGCCGAGAACAGCCUAGGGAGAGGGAGCGUGAACGGGAAAGGGAAAGAGAAAGGGAACGAGAGCGGGAACGAGAGCGGGAGCGGGAGCGGGAAAGAGAGAGAGAAGGCGAAAGGGAAAGGGAACGAGAGCGGGAGAGGGAAAGAGAGAGGGAAAGGGAUCUGGCCUCUCCCCAAUAUGAGAACUACGGUAGCAGGGCUCGGAGUCGACAAGGCAGCAGAACAUCAAGUUUGAAUAGAGAUGGUAGGACGGAGAGCCGCAAUGAAACAAGAGACUCAAGUCAACGACAACACGACAGCGGACAUUGGCGCAAUAACAGUGGCACCUCUGUCAGUGCUAGUGAGGGUUACGCAGAUCCAAAUAGCGCAGCACCUGUUCGUCGUCACGAUUAUGAUAUCCAAAGCAUGGAGAGCGAGCUAAGUCCGCGGAAUUCAAUGGCCAACCCAAUACAUCCUCCUACCGUUACGGUCAAGAGCGAAUUCCCAACGCUCACGCGUUCCAAAGUCCAGCAGAGCUUGACGUGCCUUGUUACAAUAGAAGUACCGCAAAGGAAAUGGCAGCCCAUGUACAAUGAAGAAGUCCCGCCAAUACCAUCCCUACCAGCAGCAUAUGACCAACAAUAUCAGCCCCCAAGCCCAACAGGCCGAAGUCAGUACUCUUUUGAGAGAGAGAGUUCAUCAGCACGACAGCAGAGAGAACGCGAGGCGGAAAGAGAGCGGGAGUUGGAGGCCCUUGCUUCCAUCACUGAGGAUCUCCGCUUGAGGGUUGAAAAUUGGCAUGGUCUUGAUUUUGCUAGGUUUGGAAAGCUACGCCUUCACGGAACCAUCCGAGUCGGAAAGGACUGCCAGGCUUGGCAGGAACUGGAAUGUUAUCUUUUCUCUGAAAUGCUCAUUUGCGUCAAAGAGAAGAAGGUUUCCUCAUCUGCUUCCCAAUGGUCUAACGGGCAAAAAAAGAUAAGGGCUGUAAAAUGCACCUUGAAAGGUUCAAUUCUCAUCAAAAAGCAUUUAAAGAAAGUCAACGAUUCAAGCAAUCGAGAUGACAACAUGCAUAUCCUCACCCUCAAUCUCUCUGUGGCUGAGCUUCCUCAGUUUCACCUUUUGUUUCCCAAUCACGCUCAAUUGGAUCAAUGGCAACGCGCUUUACUUGACCUCAAUUCUGUUGAUCCUGCCCCAUCGCGCAGCCCUCAGUACGAUGAGAAAGUGCAAUCAAUUUCUGAUGUCGAUGAUGAUGAUUAUCGUACCAUGAAGACAACAAGGCGAGUAUCCUCUGUAAACUCAACCUAUAGUGGCGGACAUGGGGGGAGUCGAUCGGUCGUCACUGCACCUACUGAGUAUACUGCGUCCAUCAGAGGAGGAAGACAGAACAUUCCUCAAUCUAUGCACAUUCCCCUUGAUGUGGUCGUUGUUAUCCCGGUAUCUUCAUCAAUGCAGGGUCUCAAGAUCAAUUUACUUCGAGAUGCACUUAAGUUCCUUGUUCAAAACCUCGGAGAAAGAGACAGGAUGGGCCUGGUUAGUUUCGGUUCCAGUAGUGGCGGCGUUCCUUUGACUUCGUUGCUAGCAAAAAACUGGACCGGAUGGGGAAAGGCCAUCCACUCCAUUCGCCCAGUAGGGCAGAAGACCUUGCGGACGGAUGUAGUUGAUGGGGCAAAUGUUGCGAUGGACUUAUUGAUGCAGCGGAAGUCGAGCAAUCCAAUUGCGUCGAUUCUCUUAAUCAGUGACUCAUCGACUUCAGAAACCGAAAAUGUCGACUUUGUAGUAUCGAGGGCUGAAGCCGCGAAGAUUACGAUUCACUCUUUUGGCCUUGGUCUCACCCACAAGCCUGAUACAAUCAUGGAAAUGUCGACAAGGACUAAGGGGCAAUAUACAUACGUCAAGGAUUGGAUGAUGCUGAGAGAGUGUGUUGCAGGUUGUGUUGGGUCAUUACAGACGCUUUCACACCAGAACGCCAAGCUUAAGCUCAAACUUCCAGAAGGCUCGCCAGCAAGAUUCCACAAGAUCAGCGGUGCUUUACAUGUAUCAAAGAGGGCAACAGGACGUGAAGCAGAGGCAUCUUUGGGCGAUCUCCAUUUCGGGGAUAAGAAGGAUAUUUUGGUUCAACUCGUAAUAUCACCUGACAACUCUCAAGGCGACACCGCUCCUCAGGAUGCGUGGGAAUCUAUUGUGUCCGGAUUGGAGGCUCUGGGAGGUUCAACAGAUCAAGAUGAACAGAGAACAGUCAGCAUUGAAGAGGUUCCUCUAAUUCUAGCUGAUUUGACAUUCGGGGAUCUUCAAAGAGAUGGAACUCUGUCUCAAUUAUCACGACCGCACCUACUUGCGAUCACAAUGUUACCACCGUCUAACUCAAAGAAGACCGGCCGACCUGGCUCUCCGCCAAUCCCACCACAUCCUAUGGUAGUCCAAAGGCGUAUGGAGUUAUUAACUUCAGAUAUGUUGAGCAGAGCUUUGGUACUCGUCUCUCGUAAUCAACACGACCAUGCUCAGAAGCUGCUCAGCGAAACUCGGACCAUUCUCAAAGGAUUGGGUAAAGGCGGAUUGCCGCCUUUGCCUGCGCCAUCCCCGAAUAUGCCGUUGCCCGAACUUCCGGAGGGUGCCGUAUCUUUAUCAAAUCUGCACCAGCAGACUUUCACCGCAACACCCCCCCUCGAACACAUUUUCACCCCUGCUACCGGUAUUGAUCCCACCACCGUAUCUGCUCUGGAUGCAGAGUUGGAGUCUGCGCUUGAAUGGAUUGGUCAUCCUGCAGUCUUUGCAAGAGAUUCUAGAAAAGCUGUCUUGCAAGCAAUCGGUGUUAUAUCAUCACAGAGAGCUAUCACUUUCAGAACCGCUUGUGAAUCUCUCUACUCGGAAAGAAUACCUGGAGUCAAAAGACUUUCUGUUCAAGCCAGAGAGUGGCGGGACACUGAAGACUCACUAAUGGAAGAGGACUAG